AUGGCCUCCUUACCGCCAUUCCUCUCUCAGUACAUCGAAGGGAUUCAUCCUUGCCUGAAUUUCAUCGUGAUCGGGGCAGCAUGGUCCGCUUCCCUAGUCCCCCUUCUGAUCAUGCUUCUCUACUUCUCGACGCCAGCCCUUCGCCGCCGACCCAUAUUCCUCAUGAAUUUGUUCUCUGUCUCCGUAGGAAUUGCCUUCAAUGUCGGCCUUGCCGCCUACAAUAUUAAUGUAAUCCUACAUCCCGAAACGGCAAGUGACACCUCCAGGAGCAUCGCUGUGCUUGCCUGCGCGAUAACCCUCCCAGUCUUCAUCGAUAUCAUUCUUGCCUUCCGGCUGUACGUGGUGCUACCCCGCCACAGUACAUCAAAGACAAUGCUCUGCAUCGUAUUCAUACCUCUUGCCUUGUUCAAGAUCGCACGUCUGAUCAACAUUGGCAUCUUCUUGAAAAAACUCUCGGUUCUACUACGUAGCAACGACCCUGCCGCCAGCCUUGGUAGCGGAUUUGAGCACUUUAACCCGAACCACAAGAUCGAAUGGUCCCUCCUCGUGCUCGACAACUGUUACGCAUCCUUAUUCUUCCUUUGGAAGCUAGGAAUGGGCCGUCGAUCUGCCAAGUCAUCUGGCAUAGUCUCGAGCGCUAAAGACACAUUGAAACGACUGUUUUAUCUAGCGGCAGCAAGUUUCGUCUUUCCUUGCGUCUUGGGCAUUGGGCAACUCGUCUUUGCCUUUCAAGGGAAGGGUUCCUAUGCAUCCUAUAUAUUCUUUACGAACGUCAAUGUCGAGAUCGUUUGUUCCCUCUUGGCGACAUUAUGGUGUGCCCAAAGUCGUUGGGCUGAGCAGCAUGCUCUUCAUCAACCUGAGACGAGCCGAAUCUCGUCGUUUAAAGCCAAAUCUCGUGGCAUGGCAAGCUUGGAGAUACGGACCCACAGCGUAGGGGGUUCAGAACAAGGGAUAAGGGAGAGUGCCAAUAGAUCCGAUGUCGAAUUGGGUACGUUCAAGGUUGAAAGUGUCUCGCACGUAGACGGGACGGAUGUACGCCGGAAGAUUGUGGCAUGA